UUUUCGGUAUUGUUACACCAGGGGUAUGGAUGCGGGUGGCAGCACUGUGGAGUUGGCAGCACUGGGAGAAGCGGGAACAGGCAGAGAGGGGAGACGCGUGGCCAGAGAGGAGGCCAGCGUGUGCCUGCCUGCUUUGGAAGUGUUUCCCUGCCUGUUGAGUGCCUGUCGUGCCCUGGGAGACUUGUGGUGCCCCCUGUAAACUUGUAAAGCAGUGUACUUGCGGAGGAUUUGUCGAUAAACCUAGGAAAUAGUGCCCGUGUUUUCCUUUGUGCCCUGGGCCCGUAUACACAAACCUUUUUUGUUAGUCUUAACAAUCUCUGCUAGCUAACAGAAAAUCACUAAAAGUAAUUCACCAAUGCUUAACUAGCAAAUGUUAGCUAGUAAACAGUUGUUUGUCAAGUCCCGCUAAACAAUGCUGAAGUUAGCGGCUUAUGAACAUGUAAAUGGGCAUAUUAUUAAAAAUUGCACACAUAAAACAGUGUUAUUAAUGCAGUUGUUCAAAAUGUAUUAAUAUAGUAUCAUGGUAGCACAUAAAUAACGUAUAUAAUGGUUUUUUUAGGAGUACUUAUUAACCAACGACAGAUAUUUUUGGACGAAAGCGCAUCGCGCCGUAUGUUUGUAGACAGUGUGCAGGCGGCCGCGCCACAGACAAAUCUUCCUACACUCAGCAAUUACUUCAGAGGAUAUAGACAUGGCAGAAGAACCACAGAAAAAGAAAAGGAAGCCAAACUGGUCACAAGAGGAAACACUCCUCUUGGUUAACGUGAUAAUGGAGAAACACUUGAUUAUAAAUGGGCGAUUUAAACCAAGUUUAAGCCACAAGGACAAGAGGGAGGCAUGGCAAAGCAUAACUGAUGCCAUUAAUGGAAGAAAUCCACUGACUAAGCGGACUGUAGAAGAAGUUGAAACCAAAUGGUUUUCUGUGCUCUCAAAAUCGAGGAAGAAAAUUGCGGCAAUAAAGGCUGAAUAUAACCAAUCAGGUGCUGGUGGCCCCCAAGCUCCUCCACUUGACCCAGUAGACAUGAAAGUGGAGGAAUUAUUAGGGGAGAAGAAUGCAACGGUGACAGGUGUGAAUCAGAAUGAUCUCGGUUUUCAUACGUUGAGGAAGCUGCAGACCCAGCAACGGCAGGAAGACACUGAAGAGUUGGGAGAAGAACCACCCCAGCAACAGGUAGAGGAUGAUAGUGAACUCCCUCAGCUUCAUUGGCAAAGUGUCCAACGCCAGCCCCAACCACAACAAUCUUCGCACAAGGCCCACCACUUAGAACUCUUGGAGGAUGGGUCCUUUAUAGAAUGCACCAUCACUGAACCUGAAACCUCUGCGGCCCAACCAAGCAUAUCAACACCAAAACUAAGAAAGUGUUCAAGUGUCAGUGAUGAAUAUCAACAAUACAAAGCUGAAAAACGCAAAUUAAAACUUGAAAAGGAAAAGUUAAAAAUUGAAAAAAGGAAAGUAAAAUUGUUAGCAUUGAGGGGAAACAUUGAACUUAAACAUAAGUUAAUGAUGGCAGAAAUUGAUUAUUACCAGUCUUUGACAGCAAAAAAUAUGAAAAAUUAAUAUGUGAAUUGUAUAGGCUUCAUUUUUGGUACAGUAUAAAUUUAUGCAGAGGAAAUAAAAAUAUAUUAUUUUAUUUAUUAAGAUUUUACAGUCAGUAUUAUUAACAAAAUUGAAUCUCAUGAAGAUUGUCCACCCCAGAGUACCCAACUGAAAAUUGUCCACCCGAGCCGCACUCUCAUGAAGAUUGUCCACUUCAGCUGCUCUCGGCAUCUAACACCGAAGUUUAGGUUAGGUUAGGUUAGGGAAUGGUCGGGUCAGCUGAAGAUUGUCCACCCCCAGUCUCGCUCUCAUGAAGAUUGUCCACCCUAACAUGCUUGGGGUGAACAAUCUUCAUGAGAUCCAUAAGGUUAUAUACUGUAGCAUGUAUGUAAAGGACAAAAAUACAAAUUAUAUUAUUUUAUAAAC